AUGGCCAGUCACGAACACUUGCGCGGAGCAUGCUCAUGCGGUCGCAAUCAGUAUCGCAUCGAAAUCCCCAAUGAUGCAACUGAGCACGCACAUGUCUACUUUGACAGUAGUCGCGACAACCGCCGAUUCCACGGCACGCCUCUGACCGCUUGGCUCCGCGUACCUCUCAGCUGGUACCAGUCCUACACCAGAUCACUCUUCCCAGACGAGACGCACGCCUCGAUUCGGCGUUCAUUCACACCGCACACCGCACCCCGGUCCCAGCGCAUCUUUUGCGGAUUCUGCGGCACACCCUUGACACUCUGGACCGAGGAGCCAGAAUCGGAAGCCAAUUUCAUGUCUGUGACAGUCGGUUCCCUGUUUGGCGAGGAUCAACACGUGCUCGAAGAUCUUGAUCUGCUGCCGGGGGACCUGGAGGAAGAGGCAGUUAAUGCCCCCGCAGGCUCCUCUUCUGCCCUUGUACCACCAUCUUCACAAACUACAUCUUCUUCUGUGGUUGUGCCAUCUUUUGGGAAUACACCGGGCCUUACACGGAGCUACAGACACGGUACACUGGGUGGUAUUCCUUGGUUUGAGGAGAUGGUGGAAGGCAGUCGGCUGGGUCGGUACAUGCACCAACAGCGCGGGAUGGGAGUCAGUGACGACCAGUCGACUUCAAUAGAGUGGGAGAUCAGCGAGUGGCAUGAUGAUGGCACAGGUGCGCUUGUGCAGGAGGAUUCGGAUGGACAUGUCACGGGAAAGAGGAAGAGAGGACGGCGUGCAGAUACUUGA